GACUUUAAUUUUUGGAAGUGAAUAAAACUAGUUUUGGAAGACAAGAUGACUACAGCUGCAGAAAGAAAGUAUAUUAAUAUUAGAAAAAGAUUGGAUCAGUUGGGAUACCGCCAGACUCUGACAGUGGAGUGUUUACCUUUGGUAGAAAAACUCUUCAGUGACCUAGUUCAUACAACAGAAAGUCUUCGGAAAUCAAAAUUAUCUGCUGGGAAAGCUGAAAAAGAAAGUGCCAAUUUUGAUUUUGUUUUGGAACCUUAUAAACUUGAAAAUGCAAAAUUGAGCAAGGAAAAUAAUGAAUUAUACCUGGAAUUAAUGAAACUGAGAGAACAAUCAGCCCAACACCUUAAAGAGUUGAAAACUACAUUGAAGAAGUGUACACGUGAAACAGCUGAUCUGAAAUUUCUAAAUAACCAAUAUGUUCAUAAACUCAAACUGUUGGAGAAAGAGAGCAAGGCUAAGAAUGAAAAAAUUCAGCAACUUCAAGAAAAGAAUUUGCAUGCUGUCGUACAAACUCCAGGAGGCAAGAAAAGAAGUAUUGCUUUCAGGCGCCAGCGUAUGCAAAUUGAUGAACCGGUCCCUCCCUCUGAAGUCAGUUCCUAUCCAGUUCCUCAGCCAGAUGACCCUUACAUUGCAGACCUCCUGCAAGUGGCUGAUAACAGAAUUCAAGAACUUCAAGAGGAAGUCCAUCAGUUACAAGAAAAAUUAGCAGUGAUGGAAAGUGGACUGCGAGAUUAUAACAAUCAGAUUGAACUAAGAGAAAGAGAGAUAGAACGACUGUCCAUUGCGUUGGACGGUGGCCGCUCCUCGGAUAUCCUCUCUCUGGAGACUAAAAAUAAAACCAACGAAAAGAUUAUUGCUCAUUUAAAUAUUCAGGUUGACUUUCUUCAACAAGCUAAUAAAGACCUGGAGAAGCAUAUACAAGAGCUUAUGGAAACCAAGGAAACAGUGACUACUGAAGUUGUUAAUUUAAGUAACAAAAAUGAAAAACUCUGCCAAGAAUUAACUGAAAUAGAUCAGUUAGCACAGCAGUUGGAAAGACAUAAAGAAGAAGUGCUUGAGACUGCGGAUAAAGAACUUGGGGAAGCAAAGAAAGAGAUUAAAAGAAAUCUUUCUGAAAUGCGGAAUCUUGAAGAAACAAUGGCAAAACUUCAACUGGAAUUAAACUUAUGCCAUAAAGAAAAAGAGAGGCUGAGUGAUGAACUCCUUAUAAGAUCAGACCUGGAAACUGUUGUUCAUCAGCUUGAACAAGAAAAGCAAAGACUUAGCAAAAAAAUGGAAAGUUUUGCAGUUACAGAAAGAGAACUUACUUUGGAAGUUGAGAGGAUGAGGCUAGAGCAUGGAAUAAAACGUCGAGACAAGUCACCUUCUCGUUUAGAUACAUUUCUGAAAGGUAUAGAAGAAGAACGAGAUUUUUAUAAGAAAGAACUAGAGAGACUCCAGCAUAUAAUACAGAGAAGAUCUUGCUCUGCAAAUUAUUCUGUACAUGAAAAAAGUCCAACAUCUAAAAUGCUAGAAAAGGGUGACUACAAUUCAGAAAUUCAUCUAAUCACAAGAGAAAGAGAUGAACUUCAGCAUAUGCUGACAAGAUUUGAAAAACAUAUGGAGGAUAUACAGGCCAAUGUUAAAUUAUUGACAGCAGAAAGAGAUAAACUAAGUGUUUUAUAUAAUGAAGCUCAGGAAGAAUUAUCUUCACUAAGACGAGAAUCCACCCAAAGCACAGUCUCCCAUAAUAUUGUUAGUCUCAUGGAGAAAGAAAAAGAAGUUGCAAUAUCUGAUUUAAGAAGGGUUAUGGCAGAAAAGGAAGCUUUAAGAGACAAGUUGAAAACUUUCCAGGAAAUGAGUCUUUUUGGAAAAUCAGGAUUAGAGAAAACUAUUGAACAUUUAACAUAUGUUAAUCACCAGCUUGAAAAUGAAAACUGUGAAUUAAAGUCUAAAAUAGUAAUAAUGAAAGAAUCAAUGGAGUCAUUAGAGAACAAAGCAAAACUCCAAGCUCAAAAACUUAGCCAUGUGGUUGGUGACACAUCUCUUCAGAAAACAGAGAUGAACUCACUUAGGAUAGUAAAUGAGCAGCUACAGCGGUCACUUGAUGAUUAUCAACACCGACUUUCCAUAAAAAGAGGUGAACUUGAAUCAGCCCAAGCACAAAUUAAAAUACUGGAGGAAAAUAUAAGUAGAUUACACCUUAAGAUGACUUCACAGGAUCAAGAGGCUCAUGUAAUGAAAAAGACCAUUGGUGUUAUUGAUAAAGAAAAAGACUUUCUUCAGGAGACUGUAGAUGAUAAGACAGAACAGAUUGCAAACUUGCAAGAAAAUCUUGCUAAUAAAGAAAAAGCUAUUGCUCAGAUGAAGAUAACGUUCUCAGAGUUUGAAUCUUCUCUGAACCAGCUAAAGGAAACACUGACUAAUCGGGACCGCGAAAUAAGCAGCCUCCGGCGCCAGCUUGAUGCAACUAACAAAGAACUGGAUGAAGUAGGAAGAUCUAAAGAAAUAUCUUUUAAGGAAAAUAGAAGAUUACAAGAUGAUCUGGCUACAAUGGCAAGAGAAAACCAGGAGGUCUCACUGGAAUUGGAAGCAGCAGUGCAAGAGAAAGAAGAAAUGAAGAGUAGAGUUCACAAUUACAUAACAGAGGUGUCACGAUGGGAGAGUUUAAUGGCUGCUAAGGAAAAAGAAAAUCAAGAUUUGUUAGAUAGAUUUCAAAUGCUUCAUAACCGUGCUGAAGACUGGGAGGUCAAAGCCCAUCAAGCUGAGGGAGAAAGCAGCUCAGUUCGACUGGAACUUCUUUCUAUUGACACAGAGAGGAGACACCUUCGUGAAAGAGUGGAUCUAUUAGAAAAAGAAAUACAGGAGCACAUAAAUGCACAUCAUGCUUAUGAAUCUCAGAUCUCAUCAAUGGCAAAAGCCAUAUCUAGAUUAGAAGAAGAGCUGAGACAUCAAGAAGAUGAGAAAGCGGCAGUAUUCAAUGAUUUGUCAUCUCUUAGAGAACUCUGUAUUAAGCUUGAUUCAGGCAAAGAUAUUAUGACUCAACAAUUGAAUGCUAAAAACCUUGAAUUUGAAAGGGUUGUGAUGGAAUUAGAAAAUAUAAAAUCAGAAUCAGAGCUGUUGAAAAACCAACUGUCAAGUGAGAGACAUACGAUUAAAAACCUCGAAUCAUUGUUGGCUACGAAUAGAGAUAAAGAAUUUCAUUCUCAUAUGACCUCGCACGAGAAAGAUACAGAAAUUCAGCUACUUAAAGAGAAGUUAACCCUUUCAGAAAGCAAAUUAACUAGUCAAAGCCGAGAGAACACCAUGCUUCGGACUAAAGUGGCACAAUUACAAACAGAUCAUGAUGCCCUGAAAAGACAGAUUUCCACCGAAAGAUAUGAACGAGAACGAGCAAUCCAAGAGAUGCGUCGACAUGGUCUUCCCACACCACCCCUUAGUUCUACUCUGAAGUCUCCUUUACAGUCUCCUGAACAGAUAAACUGAUGAUUUCAGAAAGAACGUUGACUUUCAAUGAGUUGGCUGUAUGGACUUGUUAAAGGACAGCACAGUAAUACUAUAUUUGAAGUACUUGUUCCUGAAAAUCAUGAACAUUGACGCAAAUUCUAC